AUGGCCGCGAUCAAGCCCCCUCGUAAGGGCCAGCCAAGGGAAAAGGACUGUGUUCACGGCCAGGCCCGGUGGCCGGCUGGUUUAUUGACAGCCCGCGCAAGAUUCUUAAAUCAAGAUCGAGGUGUCAUGUGCGAGGUGAGGGUGCGGAGGAAGCUUUGCGGACUCAUGCGAUUCCCCGAAAAGAUCGAUUGGAGAAGGGAAGUGUGA